AUGCCCCAGCAAGAGUUGAACUCGGGUCUUAAGGAGUUCGAAAAGCUUCGGGGUUUUGCAAAGAAAAUCGGAGAUUCUGUGAGGUUUGGGGAGGUUGAUUUGUAUGAGGAAUGUGAACAGAUGGUGAUUCAUAGAGAUGUGAAAGCUGGGAGUGCGCUUUUGGAUUGUGAGAUGAAUGCGAGGUUGGGUGAUUUUGGUUUGGCGAAGCUUUAUGAUCGUGGUGAGAAUCCGAACACAACGAGGGUGGUUGGGACUUUGGGAUAUUUAGCGCCGGAGUUAACGAGGACGGGGAAGCCGACGAAGAGGUAUGAUGUGUUUGCGUUUGGUGCAUUGUUGUUGGAGGUGGUUUGUGGGAGGAGAAAUAGGAUUUUUUGUAUACGAUAUCGUCGGUCGGUGAUGACAUGGACGGUGGGUUUCGGUUUUUGGAUGGCAGGUUGCAUUGAUUUUGCAGAUUAUUGGUUUUUGGAUGGCAGGUUUGAUUUUGCAGAUUGUAUGGUUUUUGACUAG